UUUUUUUUUUGUUCUCAGUCAUCCCAAGGUGGUCUUACUCACAAUGGAUCUCAGUCUGAAGAUGCUCUUCGUACUUCAGAAAAUGAGGAUGAUGAAGAUUCCACUUCGGAGGAAGACGAGGAUGAUAAAUUCGACGAUGACAAAGGAGAUGAUCAUCAUGACGAUGAAACUGAUGAUGAUGAUGAUGAUCUGGGUGGAGAUGGUGUUGGUGCUGGUCAGGAUGAGGCUCACACGGGCGAUGUUCGUAACGAUGAGGGUGUUGUUGUCCCCGAGGUUGUUUCGAGGGAUGAUGAUACCGGCAAGGUGGAUGAUGCCAAGAAUUCUGACCCUGUGGAACCUAUUGCAGAGAUCAAACAGCCUGAACAGUCUCAAGGUGGGGAGGAGAACAUUGAUGUUGAUGCAACAAUUGCAUCUGCUGUUAAAGCUGUGGAGAAUUUGAUUGGUUCCUCAACUCAUGCCCCUGCUCCUGUUGAGACUUAUGAGAAGACUGAUCUUGAAAUGGUUGUUUUUCAAGAGACUCCUAUUUUACGUCCUCAAAAGAGGGAUCGGAAGAAAGGAGCUGUUUUGAAAUCCCCAUUCAUUGAGCUUGCUUCUGGUGCAUCUAAAUCAGGUUCAUCCUCAGUUUCUCCUGAUGAUUCUGUGUAUAAGGUCGUUAAAUAUGUGCGUGGUUUGUGCCCGUUGGACAACAAGAUUGGUGAACCUGUCGAUCCGCAAUUGGAAGCUGAGUUUGUCAAGUGGGUUGAUACAGGUCUUAGAAAGCAUAAAUCUAACACAACAACUAAUGUGUAUUGUAAGGGUAAGGACACAAUAUUUCCGCCAUUUCGUUUUGGUGUUGAGGACAUCAGCAACAAGAUGUGGUUUCACAACCUUGCCUACCCUAAUUGUUUCCUUACCAAUUCUCACAUUGACAUCAUUUUCUAUUAUCUUCGUAAGAAAAUAAUGUACUCAGCCGAGCCGAAAAUCAAAGUCACCACAACUGAUUGCCUCUUUUGUUCUAGCAUAACAACUUUGUAUGAGAAGUUUGUUGAGAAAAACAACGAUAUAUCGGUGUUGUCUCUUUCUCACAAUGUGGCCCAGUACAUUCAAGGUGGUAAGAUAUUAUGUGCCACUCCUUGGCAUUUGGUUGAUCAUGUUGUUAUGCCUAUCAAUGUAAAAUUACAGGAUCAUUGGAUUUGUGGUCGUCUUAACAUAGUUGACAGGCGCAUAUAUCUGUAUAAUUCAUUGCGUUCUGGGAGGUAUAUGACAGCUGCCAAAGAGGCUUGCAAGCCUUUCUCUGUUAUUUUACCAUAUUACUUCUCUAUGUUAGACUUCAAAGGCCUUCGCAACGAAGCUAAGUUUAGCACUAUGGAACCGUUCCCUAUUGUUGCUGUUGAUGGUUUACCCGAGUAGGUCACAGCGUAAGUUUUAUGUUUAGUGUUCAAUGUUUUUCACUGGUUGUUUGUAUUUUUAUUUUUUUGUUAUGUGACUUUGUUUUUUAUCAGUGUUCUCAUAGUGUCUUUUUUGUGUUUUCUUGUGUUUUUUUUCCAGUGAUUGUGGUGUUUUUGUUGCAUCAUUUGCUGAGUAUUUCAUUGAUGGCAAACCCAUCCCAUCCUCUGAUUUUGAUGUGGAAAUUCACCGCGAUCGUUUGGCUGUGUUAUUUUAUCAAUAUGGGAUGAAGAAGCAAACUGAGAACAUUGAAAGUGAAUCAGAGGCCCCUCCCAGCCUUCCCAAGAAGUGAUUUGUUUUUUCAAUCAGACUGUCAUUGUUCUUAUAGUUUUUUAAUGUUGUUUUAAUGUUUUUUAUGUUGUUUUUCGUAAACAAACAUUGGUGUUCUGUUGUGUUUCCUUACGUUUUGUGUGGACAAUAUGUAAUCUUUUAUUUUUGUAUGUUUUUUCUUAUUAUUUUUAUGUACAAACAAGUUGGUAUGUUAAAGUUGUUAGUUUUUUCA